GAGAGAGAGACCGAGAAAGCGUACACUGCAGAGACCUCACACUACAGGCGCGGAGAGACCAGCACACACUACAGAGAAAUACAACUCAAAGAGUGGCUAGCUGUACUUUUCUGAGCACCGAGGAAUAAGCGCAGAAGGGGUUUUAUCUCAGAAAACUUUCCCGGUUGUGGUUCACGGUUCUGGGGGAAGUGAGCGGGUUGGACCAUGUUGCCGGCUGGUUCUGACAGAUCCGGUGUGAGGAGGGUCCUGUCUCUUUGGGUUCUGGUCUGGGUUCUCGGGCUGGUUCCACUGGAAGCUGGAGAGUUAGAAGGGGGUCCCGUGCCUUCGAGGGGGCCUCAAGCCAGGGGGGCCGCAGAGUCACUUCGCAGCGCACUGGCCAGUGGCGGGGGGGCUCUUUCCCGCAGACAGGAGCUGCUGAAGUCAGUGUUGCUCUCCACUGCCCUCCCCAACGAGCUGCUGCCAAGACAGAUCCUCCCAGAGGGGGCGAGUCGGCCGAAACCCCUCUCCCAGAAACAGAUCAACGCGGCCCGCAAGAGACUCCGGCUCCAGACCACCACAGUGCCCCUGUCACGCCCCUCCCUGGAACCCCUCCCCUCGCACCCUCCCUCCCUGCUUCCACCCACCGACCCCCCCACCACGCACAGGCCCCGCCUCCUGGGGGAGACCAUUGCCAUGAUGACGGAGGCCAAGCCCACCAAGGGGGCGGCCCCCACCCCGCACACCAACCAGCCCCAGCCAAGUGGUGCACCGCCCUCAAGGGGUCUGCCCCUGAACAGCACAGCAGAGACGAGGGGAGUGGAGGAGGAGGAGGAGGAGGAGGGGGGCCAGGAGAGCAACACCUCCACCAUCAUCCUCACCACUGUCAUCUCAACAGAGAACCCUCCAGUGGCCUGCAGUGUGAACUUCUCCGAUCCUGAAGGCUACAUCGACUCCACUGACUACCCCCCCCUGCCGCUGUAUGCAUACCAGGAGUGCACCUACAACGUGGCGGUGUACACUGGGUACGGGGUCGAGCUGCAGGUGAAGAGUGUGAACCUCUCUGAAGGGGAGCAGCUGUCUAUCAGGGGAGUGGAGGAGGGCGGAGCUCUGCUUGUCCUGGCCAAUGAGACGCUGCUGGUUGAGGGUCAGGUGAUACGCAGUCCCACCAAUACCAUCUCUGUGUUCUUCCGCACCUUUCUGGAGGGAGGAAUGGGCACCUUCCAACUGCACUACCAGAUCUUCUUGCUGAGCUGCGCACUGCCCCGACGGCCUCACUACGGGGAAGUGGCUGUGAUGGAUCUGCACCCCGGGGGCAUGGCACACUUCCACUGUCACCUGGGCUACCAGCUGCAGGGCGAGGGCACGCUCGUCUGCCUUAACGACUCCCGGCCACGUUGGAGCAGCAAGGUGCCCAGCUGCAAGGCGCUGUGCGGGGGCGCUGUGCGCAAUGCCUCCAUCGGAAGGGUCCUGUCCCCAAAUCACCCUGGGAACUACAGCAACAACCUGAACUGCAGCUGGACUCUGGAGGCAACGGGAGUUCAGAAGGUGCACCUGCACUUUGAGAGGCUGGCACUCGCUGGCAAGGGGGACAGGGUGCUGGUUUUGAGCGGGACAGGGGACAACUCUACGGUUCUGUUUGACUCGGCGCACGGAGGUCUCGUCCCGUUCGAGGGGGUGAUCAGCGAGGGGCAGUCCGUGCUCGUGCAGUUCACCUCGGACACCGAACACACCGCCACGGGCUUCAACAUCCGCUACGAAGCGUUCGAGCGGGGGCACUGCUACGAGCCGUACCUGCAGAAUGGGAACUUCACCACCUCUGACCCCUCGUACAACGUGGGCACCAUCGUGGAGUUCACCUGUGAGGCAGGGCACUCCCUGGAGCAGGGGCCCCCCGUCAUCGAGUGCAUCAAUCUGAGGGACCCCUACUGGAACGACACUGAGCCCGUAUGUAAAGCUCUGUGUGGAGGGGAGCUCUCUGCCCCCAGCGGUCUCAUCCUCUCCCCAAACUGGCCCGACACCUAUGGGGAGGGAGAGGACUGCAGUUGGAGGAUUCACGUGGGGGAGGAGCGCCGCAUCCUGCUCGACAUCCAUCUCCUCAACCUCAGUAACAGUGACAUCAUGACGAUCUACGACGGGGACGAGGUGACCACGCGCAUCCUGGGGCAGUACAUCGGGGGCACGAGCCCCUUCAAACUGUACUCCUCCACCCCCGACCUCACUGUGCAGUUCCACUCGGACCCCGCCGGCAUGGUGUUCGGCAAGGGAGAGGGCUUCGUCAUCAACUACAUGGAGGUGUCCCAGAACGACUCGUGCUCCGACCUGCCCGAGAUCCAGAACGGCUGGAAGACAACGUCGCACAUGGAGCUGGUCCGCGGCGCCCGCAUCACCUACCAGUGCGACCCCGGCUAUGACAUCGUGGGCAGCGAAACCCUCACCUGCCAGUGGGACCUGGUGUGGAGCAGCCAGCCACCCUUCUGUGAGAAGAUCAUGUACUGCACUGACCCGGGGCAGGUGGAGCACUCCAGCCGCACCCUCUCGGACCCCAAGCUGCUCGUCGGCACCACCAUCCAGUACACCUGCACUCCCGGCUACAUCCUGGAGGGCGGCGCUAUGCUCACCUGCUACGGGCGAGAGACGGGCACCCCGGUGUGGACCUCGCGGCUUCCACGCUGCUCCUCGGAGGAGUCAGUGUCCUGUGAAAACCCAGGCCUCCCUGAGAACGGGUACCAGAUCCUUUACAAGCACCUCUACCUGCCAGGGGAGUCUCUCACCUUCAUGUGCUACGAAGGCUUCGAGCUGAUUGGAGAGAUCACCAUCAAGUGUGUGCGGGGGAACCCAUCCUAUUGGAGCGGCCCGCUGCCACUCUGCAGAGAGAACCAGGAGAGCUUUGAGCACACGCUGGAAGUAGCUGAAGCCGCAGCGGAGUCCUCUCUGGACGGAGGGAACAUGGCACUGGCGAUCUUCAUCCCCGUCCUCAUCCUCUCUGUGCUGCUAGGAGGUGCCUACGUCUACAUCACACGGUGUCGAUACCACUCCAACCUGCGACUGCCCCUGAUGUAUACCCAUCCCUACAGCCAGAUCACCGUGGAGACGGAGUUCGACAACCCCAUCUACGAGACAGGGGAUACGAGAGAGUACGAGGUUUCGAUAUGAGAGAAUCUUGCAACCCCCCCCCCCCCCCC